AUGGGCGUGACAGUUCAAACUUCUGAGAUCAAUCACUCCGAGGUUUCUUCUAACAAUUCUGCUCCCGAGAACAGGAAAAAUGGCAUCGGAGAAAGCAUUGCUGAUGCGGUUAUCAAUCUUGAUCAUGGAGACCCAACAAUGUUCGAGGCAUACUGGGAAAAGAUGAGAGAGAGGAGCGCAGUGACGCUGCUCGGAAGCCAAUCACUAAGCUACUUUUCCGACCCCAAGAACCUGUGUUGGUUCUUGGAGCCCAAACUGGAACAAGAGAUCAAGAGGCUUCACACCAUUGUUGGCAAUGUCGCAAUUGAGGAAGGCCAAUAUUACAUUGUGGUGGGGACCGGUUCGAGCCAGCUUAUUCAGGCGGCGCUUUACGCUCUUUCCCCGCCGGACGCCGCCGCCACCGUUGUGUGUGCCGCUCCGUACUAUUCUGCGUAUCCUGAGGUUACUGACUUGGUGAGAUCGAGGCGCUUCGAAUGGGGCGGAGAUGCCCGGAGUUUUGAGAGGGAUGAUGAGCCGUUUAUUGAGCUUGUAACCACUCCGAACAAUCCUGAUGGGGUUAUCAGAGAAGCGGUGGUUAAUAGGCCUCAUGGAAGCGUUGUGUAUGAUCUGGCUUAUUACUGGCCACAUUUCACCCCAAUCACCGCUCCGGCUAACCAUCACCUUAUGCUCUUCACCUUCUCAAAGUGCACUGGCCACGCCGGAUCAAGAAUCGGUUGGGCACUUGUGAAGGAUAAAGAAGUGGCAAAGAAGAUGAUAAAAUUCAUGGAGGUUAGCACGAUUGGAGUGUCAAAGGAUUCUCAACUCAGAGCCGCUAAGAUCCUGGGAACGGUUUCUGACAGUUGCUCAACUGGCGCCGACAUUGAGAACUUCUUUGUGUUUAGCAGGAAUAUCUUGAAGGAAAGAUGGAACAGGUUGAGAGAGGUUGUUAAGGCUGCUGAUCUCUUCACCCUCCUAAAAUACCCUACUCAGUAUUGCCGUUUUGCCAAAGACAUGACCGACACCGUUCCGGCUUUUGCGUGGAUUGCGACUAAGGGUGAGGAGGAUUGUGCGGAGGUGUUGAAGAAACAUAAGAUUCUUGGUAGAGGUGGAACAAAGUUUGGUGUCGGCAAACAAUUUGCGAGGAUAAGUUUGGUGUCCAAGGAUGAGGAGUUCAACCUCCUUUUACAAAGGCUAUCAAUCAUCCAAGGGACAGACGAUCUUAAUUAUGAAUAAAAGAAUGGAAUAAUAGGAAUGCUGCUCAGAUAUAUAGAAAUCCAAAUAGUUCAAUGCGAAGGUGGUUCUGGCGGCUUGAAGUUUCUUUUUUAAUAUUAUGAAACUUAGAAUGUUCUUCUUAAUAUUUGCAAUUGUUUUGGUUUUGUGCUUUCGGUAUGUAUUUGGAUUUAAUAGUUUGGGUUUCC